AUGAUGUUCAGGUCGAGUCAGCUUAUAGGGCUUCGUGCUCAUCGGUUCCCCACACUCAAACCCAUCUCAUCGUCUUCCACGGCCACGGUCCGUUUGCUCCAUCGUUCUCCACAACCACAACCACGGCAAAGGUAUCAAUCCGUAUUCGGAUUUAAGUUCCAGGACCAACCACGUUUGCGCUUUGCUCAUGCCAGAUUUCAGGCCCGCAGAUAUUCAACCUACCGCAGAUUCAACAACUCGCAAUCGACGCCCUUGGCGCAAUACUACAUCCAGCUCUUAACCAGCCGCAAUGCGUUAUACAUACUUGCAGCACUACUAGCGUUCUACAUCUACAAUCUCCACGAGGCACCCUACACCCACAGACGCCGCUUCAUCUGGGUCCCGUACUGGCUCGAGACCAAGAUCGGCGACUACUCCUAUCGGCAAAUCAUGGCUCAGUACGGAUCGAUGAUCAUGCCGCAUCUGAACCCGCUCUAUGGCCGCAUCUCCAGCAUCAUGAACCGGUUAUUGGCUACUGCGAUCGCCAAUGAUGAAAACAGCGCGCAGAAGCAGCAUUUGAGGAGCUUGUCUUGGGAAAUCAACAUUAUCCACAACGACCGCUUGCCUCCCAACGCAUUCAUCUUGCCUAAUGGCAAGAUCUUCAUCUUUAGUUCGAUCUUGCCCAUAUGCGAAAACGACGAUGGAAUCGCGACUGUGUUGGCGCACGAGUUGUCGCAUCAGUUGGCGCAGCAUUCGAGCGAGCAGUUGAGCUCGCAGCCUAUUUACAUGGUGUUGCUGGGGGUGCUCUAUUCGUUAACGGGCAUCUCGUGGUUCAACGACUUGUUGAUCAACGGGUUGUUCACUAUGCCUGCCUCAAGGGAAAUGGAGACGGAGGCUGAUCAUAUUGGAUGCGAGAUCUUGGCGAGAAGUUGCUAUAAUCCGCAACAGGCGGUCCAGUUUUGGGGGAGGAUGGAGAGCGCAGAGAAGAGAUUGAGUGGCAUGAAUGGUGGUGGUGGCGGUGGCGGUGGUGCGUUGGAGUGGUUUUCGAGUCAUCCUGCUACCGCUAGGAGGAUACAUGAUAUCGAGUCUUGGAUGCCGCAGUUGCAGGAGAUGAGAGAAAGUAGUGGUUGUUACGAGUAUGGCAAGUUCCAUAACUUUAGUAGCAAUUUCUUCAAGAGGUGA